AUGAAGAGUUUCACACUUGCGCUAUCGCUGAGCCCCAUGACUGUGCGAAAAGGAAAACGUUUGGGCAUCUCCAUCCAGGAGCACAUGGCCAUCGACGUCUGCCCGGGCCCCAUCCGCCCCAUUCGUCAGAUCUCUGCCUACUUCCCUCGCCUCUCGCCCACUUCCUCCUUCUCGGAGCCGCUCUCGCCCAAUCAGGUGGCAGCUCCCACCACGCUCAGCCCCGGCGGCGCGGGUCAAGGUGGAGGUGCUGUCGGAGGUGAAGGAGGAGGAGGAGGAGGAGGGGGAGGAAGCAGCGGCCUGUUGUCACCGCUGUUGCCGGGCGCCGCGGGCGGAGGGGGCUCGCUGUCAGCCAUGAGCAGCAUGGACACCUCCAUCGAGAUCGACAGCUGUGACAGCGAUGACAACACCUCCUUGGGGACGCUGGAGUUCGACCUGCUGUAUGAGAGGGCCACCAGCUCCUUACACUGCACCGUCCUCAGAGCAAAGGGUCUGAAGCCGAUGGAUUUCAACGGUUUGGCCGAUCCCUAUGUCAAGCUGCACCUGCUGCCGGGAGCCUGCAAGGCCAACAAGCUGAAAACCAAGACUGUUCGCAACACGCUGAAUCCUGUGUGGAACGAGACGCUCACCUACUGUGGAAUCACCGAGGAAGACAUGUACCGCAAAACACUCCGGGUGUCCGUGUGUGACGAAGACAAGCUGACACAUAAUGAGUUCAUCGGGGAGUCGCGGGUGGCCCUGCGCCGUGUGAAGCCUGACCAGACCAAACACUUUAACAUCUGUCUGGAGCAUCCACCUCCUCUGCCUUCGCCGACUGCGAUGAGCACGGCCCUCAGAGGAAUCUCCUGCUACCUGAGAGAGUGGGAGACUGAGCAGCAAAGAAGUCUAGAGGAGAGAGGCCGUCUGCUGCUCUGCCUUCAGUACCUCCCCCCUGUCGGCGAUGGCGACGUGAAGGGCGAGGCCAAGGAUAGAGCUCGUGGUGGGCUCUGUGUGGGCGUCAAACGUUGCGCCCACCUGGCAGCCAUGGACGUCAACGGCUUCUCCGACCCCUACGUUAAAACGUACCUGAAGCCAGACGUCCAGAAGAAAUCCAAGCACAAAACAGCGGUCAUAAAGAAGACUCUCAACCCAGAGUUUAAUGAGGAGUUCUUCUAUGAAAUCUCCUUCUCAGAGUUAGCCACCAAGACGCUGGAGGUCACGGUGUGGGACUAUGACCUGGGAAAGUCCAACGACUUCAUAGGGGGCGUGUCCUUCGGGUGCCACUCGCAGGGGGAAACUCUGCAGCACUGGAUAGACUGUCUGAAGAACAAGGGCAAGAAGGUGGAGCGCUGGCACACGUUGACCAACGAGCUGCCCGGAUCCACAGUGCAGGAAUGA